AGGGGUAAUAAAAUCAAAACAAACAAAAAUAUAUUACCGCACUUAUUAUCGUUUUUUUUUAUUUAUUUUAUUUUGUGUUUCAUUUCUCCCCGGUUUCAGUCCAUCCGACGCCACUUGCAUGCAUUGUUCGUCUCCCAAAAUGGUUUGCGAGACUAAAAUAGUUGCGGACGACCCCGACGCCAUAGCCGGGAACAAAAAAGAUUCCCUAAUCGUUUCCUCGUCGCAGAUGUGGACGUCGGCUUCCGACGCGUUCGAGCGCAAAGACGCCAACAGACGCGAGCAGGUUGUAAUCCGCGACUUCACGCGCGCCGAUAACGCGGAGACGCGCCGCAUCUUCACCGAAGGCAUCAUGGAGAGGAUCCCCAACACCGCCUUCCGCGGACUCGGACACCAGCCGCACACGCAGCUCAUCUACGCCCUGAUCACAGUAUUGUGCUAUGUAAUGACCAAGUCCAUCAUGCUGACAUGCUGCACACCUUUCAUUCUAAUGGGAGCACGCUAUUACUAUAGCAGAAAAGUCAUCCUCAACUACUUGGACUGCGCACUUCACACAGAUAUGGCCGAUAUUGAGGCGUACUACAUGAAGCCCACAGGUUCUCGAUUCUGGGUAGCAGUGCUGGACGGUCAGGUGGUGGGCAUCGUCGCGGCACAGGGGCGGGAAGACGACAACACGGUGGAGCUGCGGCGCAUGUCUGUGGACUCCCGAUUCCGCGGGAAGGGCAUCGCCAAGGCGCUGGGGAGACGGGUCCUGGAGUUCGCGAUGCUCAACAACUACUCGGCCGUGGUUCUGGGGACGACGGCGGUCAAGAUGGCCGCCCACAAGCUUUACGAAUCGUUGGGUUUUCAAAAGGUGGGAGAGACUGAGAAUUACACUCUGCCAGGAAUGAGCCGCUCGCCGAUGGAAAGGCUCUUCUUCCAGAUCCGCUACAGCCGCUACCGGCUACAGCUCCACGAAGAGUGAGAGGGAGAGCGAGGUCGAAACGAAAGCGUGAGCGAAUGAGGACGUAAGAAAGCGAGUGAGAGUAUGAACACCGACCACAAACCUUAAAACACUUAAACCCAAUCCACCUCUUAAACCUUAGGUUAUUAGUAUUAUUAUUAUUUUUUAAUUACAAAUGUUAUUUCUACCACUAUUUUCAGUCAUUCUUUAACUGUUUUACUUUUUCCAUUAUCUUUUUACCAAUAUCGCCUCAACCUCCAAAAUAGUGUGUGUGUUUAUGUAUG